AUGGCUCGAGGAGUCUUAGUCGUCGCAGGCUACGCCUUCAGCUAUGAUGAAGCCGAAACAUGGGCGAUGCGCCGUGGCUGGCCCAUCAACAAAAGCGCGGACAUUCUGCCCAAGAUACAGCGCGGCUGGGCGAACGACGAGCUCCGCAAGUCCGUAGUCGAAGUCAUGGGGACGGACUGGCCCAGGGCCAUGAUCAGGCGGAUGGACGACCGGAUCGAGCUCGCCCAGUAUGGAGAGCCCAUCAUCCUGUUCGUCCGCAGAUUCCUGCGUGAUCCGCGCGCGACCUCGGGCUCGUGCGUUUGGAUCCCGGAGGAGCCUGGCGACAGAGCUUUCAAGGAAGAGCUCGAGAAAGCGGAGAAUAUCAAGGUGGAGUGGGUGACCGUCCCCGAUCCCGACUUGGAACUGCCGUGGGAGGACAUAGACCAUGCGCCUAAGACGUACAGAUACGAGUGA